CCCUAUCCUUCAGAACCCUGUGUAGCAGAGUUACCACCAAGCCCCUAUCCUUCAGAACCCUGUGUAGCAGAGUUACCACCAAGCCCCUAUCCUUCAGAACCCUGUGUAGCAGAGUUACCACCAAGCCCCUAUCCUUCAGAACCCUGUGUACCAGAGUUACCACCAAGCCCCUAUCCUCCAGAACCCAUUGUAGCAGAGUUACCACCAAGCCCCUAUCCUUCAGAACCCUGUGUAGCAGAGUUACCACCAUGCCCCUAUCCUUCAGAGCCCUGUGUAGCAGAGUUACCACCAAGCCCCUAUCCUUCAGAACCCUGUGUAGCAGACUUACCACCAAGCCCCUAUCCUUCAGAACCCUGUGUAGCAGAGUUACCACCAAGCCCCUAUCCUCCAGAACCCAUUGUAGCAGAGUUACCACCAAGCCCAUAUCCUUCAGAACCCUGUGUAGCAGAGUUACCACCAAGCCCCUAUCCUUCAGAACCCUGUGUAGCAGAGUUACCACCAAGCCCCUAUCCUUCAGAACCCUGUGUAGCAGAGUUACCACCAAGCCCCUAUCCUUCAGAACCCUGUGUAGCAGAGUUACCACCAAGCCCCUAUCCUCCAGAACCCUGUGUACCAGAGUUACCACCAAGCCCCUGUCCUCCAGCACCCUGUGUAGCAGAGCCAAAGCAGGAGUCCUGUCCACUGGAGAUGAUGACAGAGACAGAGAGAGAGGACGAGACAGCGAGUGAGACAGACACAGAGGCAGACACAGAGACAGAGACAGAGGCAGAGACAGAGAGAAAGGCAGACACUGAGACAGAGGCAGAGUUAGAGAGAGAGACAGACACAGAGAACGAGGCAGACACAGAGGCAGAGAGAGAGGCAGACACUGAGAGAGAAGCAGUUCCCAGACAGCCACAGAGUGUAUCGGUACCAUACACAGAGCUGGGGAGAUCAGAACCAGAGGAAAUUUGGGUGCUGCAGGAGGAAGAAGAGAAGGAGGAGAGAAAAAAUUGUCAGAAGCUGGGGAGAAGAGAGGAGGAGGGUGAAGAGGAAGACAGAUGGAGGGGAGCAAUGGAGGAGGAGGACAGCAAUGAUUUUGAAAGCUUCUCUCUGGAAGAGAGGAGAGACUCUCUGAGCAGUCCUCUGUCUACGGACAGCCUGAAAGGGGCGCUACUCCUGCCAGAUCUGUUCAUCCAAGAGGACGAGGGGGAACUGGGGGGAGAGAGGAUGGAGUGGGAGGAGAGGAAGGAGUGGGAGAAGAGGGAGGAGAGGUGCAGCCUGGACACAGAUGGGGCCAGCAGCUCCACAGGGUCCCUGACCUCCAGAGAAGACAAUGGUGAGGUGUUUGAUAUUUCUUCAGCGGAGAAGAUGGUGACACCAGCACCACCACGGACUACUGAAGAUCUGUUUGCUGCCAUACACAGGUCUAAGAGGAAAGUUCUUGGGCGCAGGAACUCUGAGGAAGACCGAUGCCGUGUCUUUCCCCUCUCCUCCUCCUCUUCUUUCUCCUCCACUCCUCCAGUGACCCCUCCAAGCCCUAGCCCCGCCCUUCUGCAACCUCUUGAGGUGUUAGGAUCCAGUAAGGUGAGAGGUCAUAGGUUAGGGGUCAGCAGCAGCAGUGACAGCUUCAAGGCUCUGCUCCUGAGGAAGGGAAGUCGCUGCGACCCUGUAGCUCGCAUGUCUGCAGCCGAGAGACUCCGCAGUACUGCCCCCAAACACAUGAUGGCGACACCACAUAGCCAGAGCUCACAGAGUCAGAGCUCAUGGAGCCAGAGCUCACAGAGUCAGAGCUCACGGAGCCAGAGCUCACAGAGUCAAAGCUCACAGAGCUCACAGAGUCAGAGCUCACAGAGCUCACAGAGUCAGAGCUCACAGAGCUCACCAAGCCAGAGCUCACAGAGCCAGAGCUCACAGAGCCUGUGCUCACAGAGCCAGCAUUCACAGAGCUCACAGAGUCAAAGCUCACAGAGCUCACCAAGCCAGAGCUCACCAAGCCAGAGCUCACAGAGCCAGAGCUCACAGAGCCAGCACUCACAGAGCUCACAGAGUCAGAGCUCACGGAGCUCACCAAGCCAGAGCUCACAGAGCCAGAGCUCACAGAGCCAGCACUCACAGAGCUCACAGAGUCAGAGCUCACGGAGCUCACCAAGCCAGAGCUCACAGAGCCAUCCCCUGUCAGACAUACACCUGCAGCUUGGAGUGGAGUCACACACUCACACCCCUCAGUCCUUUGCACCAACACACACUGUCCAGCUAAUGACGCUACACCUACCCCAGUCCCAGUCCACACACAGACACAGGAGGAGGGCAGAGUGGGCACUCACUGAGGGCACACUCCCUCUCUCCUCCCUGUCCUCCCCCACAUACCCCUCCCCCUCCCCCUCUCUUUGGGGGUGGCGACCCCCCCGCUCCCGCACUCCCCCUUGCUCAUCCAGCCGGCGUUUCGCUGCCCGCAGCCGACUACCCAGCAGCCCCAUGACUGCCAUCUCGGAGCGGGAAGGGGAGGGCGAAUCAAUGG